CGCAGCUUCCAAAGAGAACAUCUCUCGCCAACACUUUCUUUUCCAUCUUUAAUCCCCUUAAAAUAGUCGCACAAUGGGACCAAAAGUAGAUACCACAACUCCAAUUCCAACAAAAUUCUUUUGUGCAGGUGCUGCAGCAUGUGUUGCCGAAGCAACUACUAUUCCUCUGGAUACUGCAAAAGUUAGAUUACAAAUUCAAGGAGAAGGCGCUACACUGUUAAAAAAUCAAUUGAAGUACAGAGGACUUUUUGGAACUAUGCUAACAAUGAGUAAAGAAGAAGGCGUUAGGGCCCUUUAUAAAGGUUUAGUUCCUGGUCUACAUAGACAAAUGGCUUUUGCUUCCAUCCGUAUAGGCCUUUACGAUUCUGUAAAAUCAUUCUACAUCGAUAUUUUGACAAAAGGGGAUUAUAUCAGCAGUCAAAACGUUGGCUUAAGAAUAUUGGCUGGCAUUACUACUGGUGGUUUAGCAGUAUCAGUAGCCCAACCCACUGAUGUUGUUAAAGUUCGAAUGCAAGCACAAAAGAAAAAAAUAUAUUCUGGAACCUUUGCCGCGUAUCGCAAAAUAGCAACAACAGAAGGUGUUCGUGGGUUGUGGAAAGGUAUCAUACCAAACGUAACAAGAAAUUCAGUAACCAAUGCCGCCGAAUUGGUUAGCUAUGAUUUAAUAAAGGAAAAAAUUUUAAUGACGAAUCUUAUGAAAGAUAGCAUGCCCUGCCAUUUUGUUUCGGCUUUCUCAGCUGGUUUCGUAACAACUUGUAUUGCAUCGCCUAUUGAUGUAGUUAAAACCAGAUUUAUGAAUUCACCACCAAAUGUUUAUAGUGGAGCAAUCAAUUGCGCUGUAAAAAUAUAUAAAGAAGGUGGUGUAUCCUCAUUUUACAAAGGAUUUGGACCGGCUUUCAUGAGACUGGGUUCUUGGAAUAUUGUUAUGUUUACCUUGAACGUUCUCCAAAAAUUGUGCGAAGAGCAAAGUUACAAAUUUUGCCGUUUAGAUGGCACCACAGGAACUAAUAAACGACAGAAAAUUGUUGACGAUUUCAAUUCUUCAUACUGCAACUAUUAUAUAUUAUUAUUAAGUUGCAAAGCUGGUGGUGUUGGCUUUAAUCUUGUAGGAGCCUCUCGUUUGAUCUUAUAUGAUGUUGACUGGAAUCCAGCUCACGAUGCCCAAGCCAUGGCAAGAAUUUGGCGAGAUGGUCAAAAGAAUAGAGUUAAAAUUUAUAGAUUUCUAACAACUGGAACAAUUGAAGAGAAGAUGUUUCAAAGACAAGCUUCGAAACAAAUAUUGAGUGGAGCCGUUGUUGAUGCUAAAAGAAAAUCUAAAUGUCAUUUUAGUAAUGAGGAACUGAAAGACUUAUUUUCUUUUAAUUACGACACACUAUGUUUGACACAUGAACAGCUAAACUGUACCUGUGAUUUGGGUGAACCCCCAAUGAAGAAAAAGACAGCUCACAAUAAAAGUAUUGGAAUGGCUGAAUUACGUGAAUGGGUACACGUUACCGGUCCUUCUCCAAACUUGAAGAAAGCGGACAUAAUGUUUCCUCAAAUGGAAGAAGUCACUUAUGCAUUUUGGAACGAAGCUAACGCAUAG